AUGGCCGACGAAGACCUCAACCUCUACGACGAGAUCGAAAUCGAAGACUGCUUCUACGACGCCACCCUGCAAAUCUACCACCACCCAUGUCCGUGCGGCGACCGCUUCGAAAUCAGCAUCUACGACAUGCGCGACGGCGAGGACAUUGCGCGCUGCCCGAGCUGCUCGCUGAUGAUCAGGAUUAUCUUCGACCAGUCUGACCUGCCCAAGGAAAAGGACGAGGCGCCAGGCGAGGCGGCGACUGUCGCUGCGUAG